AUGGAGUCACUCUGCCUCAACUUUGCGAGAAAAGUGGCCUUGGCCGGCCUUACUUGCACCUUUGCAUUUUGUGGAUCCAUGGUUGGGCUGGUUUCAGGGGCACUCAAGGGCCAAACUACAGAGACAGGCAUAUUGCGAGGUGCAGGGAUCGGCGCCAUUGCUGGUGCUUUAGUUUCUGUAGAUUUCUUGGAGUCUUGCCUUCGAGGAGAGGUUUUACCAAAGUUGGCCAUCUUCCACAGCCUCAUCGAUGGGAAGAUAUUCAGAGAAUGGGUUAGCCCAGCAUUGCUCAAAGCUUACCAAUGGCAAGUCAAUGCAGCUGAUCAAGUAAGCUACAGGGAGAUUUCAGACAUACUUGAUCUCACCGGGGACGAAGGCCUGUUACCUAAUGCCAUCGAGGAAUUGCCCAUGUUCAAGAUCAGUAGUGAUGAUGAUCAGGCCAGUGAUCCAUGUGGGAGGAGGACCAUUUGCUGCGCCGUCUGCUUGCAGGAUCUCGUCAAGGGAGAUAAUGCGAGAAUGAUGCCAGUUUGUAGGCACAUUUUCCAUGUGGUGUGCAUUGAUAUGUGGCUCGUGAAGCAUUCUUCCUGCCCUACCUGUAGGCAAGAGACUUCUGUGAAGGGCUUUAUUGAAAAAAAAAAAUCAUCAAUAGGGCAGAACCAAAUGGACCACUCAAAAAGCCACCGUCAGCCAGUCUCCACGCCUUUAUUUAAUAGAUGGGAUGAAAGAGCUGCUUCAGUGCUGGAUCAGAUAACACCUCGCGUGAUCCCAUUUAAUGCUCUCGCUCACCACUGUGCAACUGCAACUGCCUCCAGGCUCUCUUCCGCUCCUUAA